AUGGCUCUACCGUCUAUAUACUCAAGCGAAGGACUCUCACCCAGGGACGCAAAUAAGCCAAUCACGUCUGGAGAAAAGAGAGACAAGCGUCCUAUCGAAUACACUUUGAAAACUAUUGACGACAAAGUUAAGGCAGCGGUAGAACACCAAGGUCACGAUGAAGACAUAGAGAUGGUCCCCAUGGAAAACGAGCAGGAAGUCGAUCUAAUAACAUCAUAUGUCAGCCGUUCUCGUGAAACAAACUUCUAUGAAGACGACGUGAAUAUGAAUGUAGAACAUGCUCCUGAUUUUGCGCUAGUGGAUGGAAACAUAUCGCUCUUGAUUAUUGAUACGAAUUUUUGCAUAUCUCAUCUAACUAUACUCGACGAACUCAACAGAUUGGCUAACGAUUAUUGUCUCAAGAUUAUAAUUCCUGUAUAUGUGAUUCAAGAGUUGGAUGGGUUAAAGAAUUCGACGAAGUUGGAAAAGGAUCACUCAGGUAACGAAUCGGUGAAAAAUCUUGCCAAAUGGGCCAAUGAUUGGAUAUACAACCAGCUUGCAAACAGUCUGAGCACUGUAAAGGGGCAAAAUCUAAGUCAAAGAAUCAACACCAACUUGACUAAGGAUGAUUCUAUUUUAGAUUGUUGUCUAUAUUUUCAGCAACAUUAUGCACAUCAUUUAAUUGUUCUUCUAUCAAAUGAUAAAAAUCUAUGCAAUAAGGCUUUAAUGCAUGACAUUUUAACGGUAAGUUUCAGGCCAGGUAUGGAGGCAAAGUUGAUUGGUCGAAAGAUUAUGGAGGAAAGUAUAUCGAGAUUUGGUCAUCGCGAGGCAAAAUAUAAGCCAGUUGUCAAUCAGAGCGUCCCCACGCAACCUCAAUCGUUGGCACCAGAAAUCACUGAGGUUGCAAAGACAAUAACUACUACUUCUGAAACAUCACCACUGACUUUAAUUUAUAGGGAGAUUCAAACUUUACUAUUGAGUGUUUUACAUCACUGCAUGGUUGCAGAAUAUCAAGAAGAUAUUGACCUAAUUCGUGACUAUAAAAAGGAGAAUGUAGUUAAUUUACUUCAGUGCAGCCAAUUGUUGAUUAGAUUUUGGUUCUCUGUAUUUCAACAAUACUUUAAAGCCAUGCCGGGAAGAUUUGUACCAUUUGAAGAAAUAGGAGAAGGUAGACGGCUGAAAAAAAUCCCGGUUUACGUUGAUGAGCCAACACGUCAAAAUGCUGUGAAAUUUGUUGACUUUUGGUCAGCAGUGUUGAAAGUGUUGUAUAAUGGGAUUAUGAAUGAACAAGAAAAUGAAGCAUUGGAUAUUUUUAUAGCCCGAUGGAAGGACUUAGCAUCAAGGAUCUGA